AUGAAAAUACUCCUAUCGAAACAGCAAACUAGAAAGAUAGCAAUAGUUUCAGAAACACAUGGACUGGUAUUUAGGCCAAUAAACAGUAAGAACUCUCGCAGAUCUACAUGUGCCGUGGAAUUGGUUCCGAAAGCUGAAUUAAAUGGUAAUGGUUUCAGAAGACUAUCUAACCAUGAAAUAUACGGUUUUAUUGGUCUCAUAGAAAUUGAAGGCCUUAUGUUCAUAGCAACCAUAACAGGUAAAUCUAAGGUGGCCCAGCCGAUCCCAAACAAAACGGUUAACAAAAUAUAUGCUGUGGAUUUUUUUUGCUUAAAUAAUUCUAAAUGGGAUUUCAUGGACAUCGAUUCAUCCGGUUAUCCGAUUGUUACUAAUGAUGGAGAUUUUGCAAUAAGCUCGCCUCCUAGUAUUUCCACACAUUCUUCUAGAUCAUCGCUACGUUCUUCUUCCUCUAGGAGUUUGAAUGCUCAAGAACAAGCUCCCAAGCAUCCAUGUCAUGAACUAAGAAAGCUAUUAUCAAAUGGAUCUUUUUAUUACAGCACCGAUUUUGAUUUAACUUGUACAUUGCAGAAACGUGGAUUCACGGAACACUCUUUGAGUUUUGAUGAUUUUGACCGGGAGUUUAUGUGGAACUCGUUUCUUAUGGACGAAAUCAUCACAUACAGAGACAGACUAGAUGUAACGGCCAAAGAACUAUUGGAUCAACGAGGAUUCCUCACGACCGUAAUCCGAGGGUUUGCUGAAACAAUUUUUAGCUAUAUUAAUAGGUUGAAAGUAGGACUUACCAUUAUUUCCAGGCAAAGUUGGAAAAGAGCAGGCACAAGGUUUAAUGCACGUGGUAUAGAUGAUGAUGGCCAUGUCGCAAAUUUUGUUGAAACAGAAAUGAUUAUGUACUCUUCUCAGUAUUGUUAUGCUUUCACGCAGAUAAGAGGAAGCCUUCCAAUUUUUUGGGAGCAGGAUACAUCUUUGAUUAGUCCAAAGAUUCAAAUUACCAGAUCUGUUGAAGCAACACAGCCCACGUUUGAUGAACAUUUUAUAAGACUAUUUAAGAAGUAUGGGCCAGUUCAUAUAAUCAACCUGCUGUCUACUAAAUCUUCAGAAAUUCAAUUAUCGAGGCGAUACAAGGAACAGUUGAAAAAUUCUGAGAAAAUGAAAAUCGGUAGAGAUGUGUUCCUAACAAGCUUUGAUUUCCAUAGAGAAACUUCGCAAGAUGGGUUUGCAGCUGCAAGUAGGAUUAUCCCUAAAAUAAGAAACACAAUUUUGGACGCCGGUUACUUUUCAUACGAUGUAAAAGAAGGGCGAUUAAUAUCCGAACAAGACGGUGUCUUUAGAACCAAUUGCUUGGAUUGUUUAGAUAGAACAAAUUUGAUCCAACAGACGAUUUCACUGGCCGUUUUCAAACUAUUUUUGGAAGACUUCCGAUUGGUAAAACCCAGUAGUUUCAUCGACGAUAAUGAAUUUGUGCAAAAGGUGAAUGCUUUAUGGGCCGACAACGGAGAUCAGAUAUCACAAAUUUACACUGGGACAAAUGCUCUGAAAUCGUCCUAUUCAAGGAAAGGUAAAAUGUCUUUUUCUGGCGCCCUUUCUGAUGCGACGAAGUCCGUUAGUAGAAUGUACAUCAACAAUUUUGUAGAUAAAGGAAAACAGCAAAAUAUUGACACACUUUUGGGCAAACUACCGCACCAGCAAGUUGUUGAACUUUAUGAUCCAAUCUGCGAAUACGUCAAUGAAAGGCUGUUAGAGUCAGAGGAAAAAUUCACCACUCAUUCUAACAUAAAUUUGUUUGUCGGUACAUUCAAUGUUAACGGAAACUCUCGAAGAGCAGAUUUGUCAAAAUGGUUAUUUCCAAUCGGCGAUAAAUUCAAACCUGAUGUCGUUGUGUUAGGGUUGCAGGAAGUUAUAGAGUUGACCGCAGGGUCUAUCUUGAAUGCAGAUUAUACGAAAAGUUCUUUUUGGGAAACUAUGGUUACUGACUGUUUGAAUCAAUACGAAGAAAAAUAUCUUUUACUUAGAGUGGAACAGAUGUCCUCUCUUUUGAUACUAUUUUUUGCAAGAUCAGAUAGAGCCUAUAACAUAAAAGAGGUAGGUGGGUCUACCAAAAAGACUGGGUUUGGUGGUAUUACUGGAAACAAAGGUGCAGUAGCCAUUAGAUUCGAUUAUGGGGCAACUUCAUUCUGUUUCGUUAAUACACAUUUAUCAGCAGGUGCGAGUAACAUUGACGAACGUCGCAAUGACUACAACAAUAUCUACAGGAACAUAACCUUUCCAAGAUCAAAGACAAUUCCACACCAUGAUUCGUUGUUUUGGUUGGGUGACCUUAACUACAGGAUAACUUUGACAAAUGAUGAAGUUAGAAGAGAAUUAAGGGCUCAAAAGGAUGGCUAUAUUGAUAGAUUGCUUCAAUAUGAUCAGUUGACUCAAGAAAUAAAUGAAGGAGUGGUAUUUCAGGGCUUUAAAGAACCGACCCUCCAAUUCCGUCCGACCUAUAAAUAUGAUUAUGGCACAGAUAAUUAUGAUACUUCUGAAAAGGCGAGAACUCCGUCUUGGACUGAUAGAAUCAUAUAUAAAGGUGAAAACCUGCAUCCAUUGGCAUAUUCGGACGCACCUUUAAAAAUAAGCGAUCAUAAACCAGUUUAUGCUGCAUAUAGGGCAAAUGUGAAAUUUGUUGACGAAAAAGAGAAGCUUAACCUAGUUGAGAAGCUGUAUGCAGAAUAUAAGAAUACGCAUCCCGAAGCACUAACUACAGGUCCUGACGAACUUUCUCAUGCAAGAAUGGAAAAACAAAAGGAAAGUAUACCCUUAGAUGCAACCGUUCAAUCAGCGGGCAUAAAACUAAUUGACCUAGAUGAUACUUCCUCGUGCGUUUCGCCUCUACUUUCUGGUCCCAGUCCCCAACCGUCUGUUGUUGGCCCUGGAGGACUCAGUAACGUAUCACCCGAUAAAAGUAAGCUCAAUGUGCUUCCUCCGCCUCCUCCUACCUCGAGGCACAAUAAGGAACCAUCUUCUAAACUUCUUUCCCCUACCAAAGAGAUUUCCAUUGUCAGCGUAUCGCCGCGUAAAGGUGAGAGCAAUCUUCCUGCCUUAGAGAGACACAGUACACCCAAACCACUGCCGCCAGUGCCCGCUUUAUCUUUAUCUAAGCCAGUCUCUUUACAGAAAAGUUCUUCAGAAUUACAGCAUGCUAAAGAGACCAUAGAUAAUGGGAAAAUUGUUCCUCGACCUUGUCCUCCUAUUAGAAGGAAGAGCAGUACUGCCCCGGACGAAAUCUCUACAUCUACCAAAAAUUCAGGUGUGUCCACUACAGAAGAUCCUGAGCCAGCAAAGGCCUCCACAAAACCUGAGAAGCCACCAGUUGUCAAAAAACCGCAUUAUUUAAGUGUUGCUGCUAACAAGCUUAACACCUCUCAAGAACACUCAAUAAAAGUUUCCCCGUCGAAUUCAAAAUCUGAAGAGGAACUCCCUUGCAAGAAAAAGUCUAAACCAAAAGUUCCUGCGAAGAACCCUGAACUAGAGAAGCUAAGCGUUCAUCCAUUGAAGCCUUGCGACCCCAAUUAA